CUUUAACAUUGACAAUAUAAAUAAGGUAAAUUAAUUUUACUAUUUUAUCGUGUUUCAUGCCACUGCUUAAUAUUUCCGGACGCUUAUAGCAAUUCAACGAAAUGUGACUUGGAUUCAGCAGCAGCAUGCCUUACACCAGGAGCAGGAAGCGGAUUGGGCGGAUACGACCAAUAAAAAAGCGGAAGCGACGUUCCGUGCCGGCCCAACAGAGCCGAGAUGAGCCCAUUAUUGAGUAUCUUGAAGACAUAAAAGGUACAACUGCCAUUCCUAAUGCAGCGGACAUAAACCAUAGCCGUGAAUGCAAUGAAAACAGUGAACUAUGGAAAAAGUUGGGUAUUACAAUAGAAAGAUAUGAUGAUGAUAAUGAGAGUGAUGCAGAAGAAGUCAGCAAUGUAAAAGGAAUACAAAAAAGUAUCAAUGAAGGCAAUGAAAUCUUAAACGAAGAUAAAGACAGAAACCGUAUUAAAUAUGAAAAUAUUAGAAUCAAUAUUGUAAACACCAAUACCAGUAUCACAGGAUUCUCGCUAGAAGAUAAAGGCGAGGUAAUACCAUUUUCAGACAAUCAAAUAGUUGUUAAAACAGAAAUAUUGGAUGAUUCAGAGUUCAACUCCGCACAUCAGUCCAAAUAUGAUGACCAUUUUUUGGGCAAGGAAGUUGGAGGUAACACAUACAUGUAUGUAGACACUCCAAAACUGUGUUUAAGCAGAGAAACAGAUAAUGUAAUUGAGUACAAAAACCCAAACUAUGAAACUGAUAACCUAUGUGUUAGGAUUAAAUCGGAACCAAUUGAGAAUGGAAACCCUAGCCAGGCUAGUUCAGAGGAACAGUUAGAUAACAGCUAUCAUACUACUGAAAAAAAACUUCAUGGUAGUGCAGAGUUGCAUCUGGAUAACUGUCAUCAUGCAACUGAAAAACCACUUCAGGGUUGUUCAGAGUUGCAGCUGGAUAACAUUUGCCAUAGAACUGAAAUUAAGAUAGAGCUUGAUGACACUAACAUUGUAAAUGGCACGAUGGAUAAACACCAAAUUGAUUGGGUAAUAAGACAAAGUGAACCUUAUAGAGAUGGAGAAGAUGAGGUAGUGUCAGUCAUUCCAGCAGUUGGUGAAGAAAACGACAUAGCUGAAGCAAAUGUAGAUGACAGAGGUGAUGCUACCAUUCCUGGACUUCAACGGUUACAUACACACUGCAAGCCACCAGUAACUCUUCCUGAGCCUGUUAUAAGCACACAUUAUGCUGCACAUGGAUUACUUGAUAAGACUCAGCAGCAUUUUAAUGACAAUGAAACUCUCAGUUUUGAUUGGAAAAGGCACAUAUGUAUGAUAAAUGAACACCCUAUAGAUGACCAAGAUGAACUGAUCGAUAGACACAUGGUGAAAUGUCAGUUUCCCGACUGUGGCUGGUCAUUUUCAACGAAAGCUAAACUAAAAAUUCAUAUUCAGCUAGUGCAUAUCUCUCCUUGUCCAUCGUUCUUCAAAUGUAAUAUCGAGGGCUGUACAUUCUUUUCUUACGCGAGCGAUCGUCUAGUGGGUGAUAUAAUAAGAGAACAUGUACAUGAACAUAAUGCGUUGUUUAGUUUAACUUUUAAUCCUAUCUGUAGCAGUUUUUUCGUUUGUGUGAAUUGUAAUUACAUUACCCUUUCUCACAGUGAAAUGCUAACUCAUAGGACAUAUGUUAAUGGAUGUAGGUUCAAUGGAAUGUUGGAUGGAGCUAGUAACACACUAAGUGAUGAUGCUGAAGACAGAAUGUGUCUUAUUUGUAGGGCGUGUGUCAGUGAAAAUUACUAUGAAAAUCACAUUGUGAAUAAGCAUUCGAUUAUAUGUGUUCACGAAUAUUGGAGGUAUGUGAGAGGCGAUGAAUUUCUGUACACUCUCGAUGAAAUGGGACCCAAUUCCGAAAAUACAGAAACUAAACUAACGGAGCUCUGUUUUAAGAAAGAGACAAUAAUCGCUGAAAAUGAAUCCCAUAGUGUGAACUCUAACAUUGCGCUUGCUACCACGCCUGAAGGUUUUAGCAGAUUGCAACGAAGAAAGAAGGAAGAAAAUGCUACUUCCACUGACAAAUCUCACCAAGCAGUCAUAGCAACUGUGCGUAAAAAUGCAAAGCGAAAAGUACUUUACUGUCCAUACACGGGAUGCAAUGAAAGGUUUCGUUCCGCUGUAACACUACGGGAUCACUGUACGAGCAAUCAUCUGGUGUUAGAAACAGAAAAGCUGCCGUUUGUUUGUAGGAUAGGAUGUGGGAAGAGAUUCUUGCAUAAAAGUGUAUUGAAAAGGCAUCAACUUUCAUGCAAAUUUGCGGCUUGUUGACAGUAUUAAAUGUUUUACAUACGUAUGUGCUUUUCCCGACUCAUAUAGGUACUGUUACUAUUCAGUAACAUUUUACAUUUUGUUUUGUGAAUGGCUGUUCAUUUCACUUGUUUUAAUGGUAUGAUGUUUAAUGAACAAACUAUUGGUAUUUAACAUAAAAAUAACUCUAAAUUUACCUGUGUUUCUUUGGGUAUUCGAUAGAUAUGCAUAUGAAUAUCAAACAAAGAAUUCAAUGUAACUAUACUUUAUUCUACGACAUGGUAUAUAGACAGAAAAUUAUUUAUAGAAAACAAUGUCUAUGAAACACGAAUCUAAGUCAGCUAUAAAAUAUAAUAAGUAUCUUUUUGCUCUCAAACACAUUUGGGUAGGAAAUAAAAGGUCAAAUAAAUGUCCCGUGUUAGUAGUGAUAAAAAGUCCCCACGGUAAGCACACGUCAAUCGAAUUAUUGACGACUCAUAAAAUAUCAAUGUGCGUAGGAAUUCAGUGCGAUAUUUUAAAGCUGCACUCUAACAUAUUUAUCGU